AAUGUUUUUGCUUCCCUAAAAAAGUGGCGCUUCCUUCUAUUUCGUUCUUUGACUCACUCCAUUGCUUUCACCCUUUUCUCGCUCUCUCUUUCUCUUGCUCUGUUUCUCGGUCGUUUUCAUUUUUUUUGCUCAUCGACCCCUUUCUUUUUCCCUUUUCAGGAUUUCUGUGAUUCUUCACUGUUUUUGAUCCACUAGGGCGUGACCCUUUACUGGGUUUAGCCAAGGAUCUCUAUUCUUUGCAUUUGGCGUUUCAGCUGGACUUCUACAGAUCUCUGUAACUGGGAAUCUAGAAGUUAUGGUGGCCUCUAUGAACUCAAUAUAGGAGGGGUUGAUGUCUAUGAAGCCACAUAAAUCAUGGGACAUGUUCAGAGAAAGGAUAGGAAUCUACCUUCUGAUGGGGGCAAAUACGGCUUCAAAAUGAAGCAGCUUCCAUUUAUGGGUGUUAUUUGUACUGUAAUGCUGUUCAUUGUAUACAGAACUACAAAUUACCAAUAUUAUCAGACAAAGAUUGAAACAAUCUUGCAGCCCUUCGAGAACGCAAAGGACUUCAUAGAGGAGUCUAAAACCUUGAAUGAAUUGCCUCGUGGCAUAGUAGAAGCUAGAUCAGAUCUGGAGUUGAGACCUCUAUGGGGAACUAGUAGUUCGAGGUUACAGGCUCAUGAUCACAGCAACCGUAAUUUGCUCGCAAUGCCAGUUGGCAUUAAACAAAAGGAUAAUGUUGAUUCUAUUGUACAGAAAUUUAUUCCAGAGAACUUUACUAUUAUACUCUUUCAUUAUGAUGGCAAUGUCGAUGGAUGGUGGGAUCUUGACUGGAGUAACGAUGCUAUACAUAUAGCUGCUCGAAACCAAACGAAGUGGUGGUAUGCAAAGCGCUUUUUGCCACCGGCAGUUGUGGCCGUUUAUGAUUACAUAUUUCUUUGGGAUGAAGAUUUGGGGGUCACAAAUUUCAAUCCAAGAAGUUACCUGGAAAUUGUGAAGUCUGAAGGGUUAGAAAUAUCUCAGCCUGCAUUGGACCCGAAUUCGACUGACAUACAUCAUAGAAUUACUCUUCGUGCUCGAGCAAAGAAGAUGCACAGACGAGUUUUUGGUCGUAAAGGCCAUACGAAAUGUUCACAUCAUAGUGAGCAGCCACCUUGCGUUGGAUUUGUAGAAGGUAUGGCUCCCGUAUUCUCGAGAAUGGCUUGGCAUUGUACUUGGCAUCUCAUACAGAAUGAUCUUGUCCAUGGAUGGGGAAUGGAUAUGAAACUUGGCUACUGUGCACAGGGCGAUCGGACACAGAACGUGGGAGUAAUUGAUAGCCAGUAUGUUAUUCAUAAGGGCAUACAGACAUUGGGUGAUGGCGAAAGCAAGAAACAUAGCCACUCCAUACCAACCGGUGACGAUGUUCGAGCCGAGAUAAGAAAGCAAUCGACAUGGGAACUUCAGAUCUUCAAGGAUCGAUGGAACAAAGCGGUAUCUGAAGACGAGAAUUGGGUCGAUCCGUUUAAAGAACAAUCAGUGAAAAGUGACCAAAGACGGAGGACACAAAGAAACCACCACCGCAACCGCCGCCACCACCGCCACUUUGUUUAGUAUCUAGCAAGCAAGCAUCCUAGCAGAGAUUCAUCAACAUGGCGGUUGUCACUUCCUCCUCCCCCAUAGCAGAAAGAAGAAAAGAAAGAAAUUUGUAACUAAUGGUAUUGUUCUUCUGAUCCCUAAUGCCAACUGGUCUGCUUUUGACAUGAUAUAUACAAUCAACUGGCUUCUUUCUAACUACCCAUUGCUCUUUCUCCGAGUGUUGUCGAGUGUUAUCAAUUGAGCUAUACUCAGGUUGAUACAACUAGUGAUUCGCCAUCUUAUUCAAGUAUUUAUUAUUUCAUCAA